CCCUCACGGACUAGGACUCUCGGUCUCACGCUCACGCUGUCACUCUGCAUCUCUCUCCCAGUCUCUCGUCUCCCGCCGUCUCUUCUCUGCAUCUCUCUCCCAGUCUCUCGUCUCCCGGCGUCUCUUCUCUCGUCUCUCUCGCUGCCGCUCUCGCCUAGCCGUCUCUCGGUUUCGCUGCCGUCCUCGCCUCGCGGUCUCUCGCCGAUUUGGUGAAUCUUGGUGGUAAGGUCCACCAGCUCCCCUGCUCCAUCAAGUACGACGGCCCUACAGUAAACGAGCCGAGCCCUAGAUUUUCCACAUUCACUAUUUUUAUUUUGUUUCUCUUUUUUUCUUUAAUAUUCCACUUGUAUAGAUUUUUUAUUUUUUAUUUUGAAUUAGUUGUAUAAAAAUUAUAUAGAGAGCAUAGUGGAUGUUGAAUAAUUUUGUGAAGCAAGUUUUCUAUGCAUUCCCCAGAACGAAAGAGAAUAUAAGCAGGCAUACGGUAGGUCACAAAACCCUGACCAGACCGCCACCCCCGAAGCAGGAUACUAUAAUUUUACAAAUAUGAAAUUCAGGGCUUCGCACAGGCUCCCAUUAUUCCUUUACCAUACUCGCCGCGGUUACCUCCAUAGCCAGCACCGCUGCUUCAACUCGUUCUUGCAAAAGUUCCAAAGAACCACUAAAGCGCGAGCUUCUAUCAAUGGCGGAAGUGGCCGUUCUCAAAGUGAUUCUUUUCUGGUGCCUGGUGCAACUGUUGCUACCUUACUAAUGCUUGGUUUUCUCCAUGCCCGUCGGCUUUAUGAUGGAAAGAAGAUUGAAGAGGCGCGAGAAAAAGGAAUUGAAUUCGAGUUCCAACCUGAUGUAAAAGCAACAUUUCUGACAUUGCUACCCCUGCGCUCUAUCUCUAGAUUUUGGGGUUUCUUGACAGGCCGGGAACUUCCUGUUUGGCUGCGCCCUUACGCAUACAGGGCAUGGGCUAGGGCGUUCCAUUCAAAUUUAGAAGAAGCAGCUCUGCCUCUGGAUGAAUAUGCUUCUUUGCGGCACUUCUUUGUCCGCACCUUGAAAGAAGGUUCGAGGCCUAUUGACCGUGAUCCACGAUGUCUGGUUAGUCCUGUGGAUGGUACCGUUUUAAGAUUUGGAGAGUUGAAAGGAGCAGGGGCUAUGAUUGAGCAAGUCAAAGGGUUCUCCUAUUCUGUUUCUUCUCUUCUUGGUACAAGCUCUUUACUUCCCAUGAUAGCCGAAGAGGACAUGCAAGAAGAGCGCAGUGAACAGGAAAGUACUUCUAAAGAGAAGAACAAGAGGUCAUGGUGGAGAGUUUCAUUGGUGUCUUCUAAAGUUUGGAAUCCUAUGUCAGCACGUCCAAUGAAAGGCCUUUUUUACUGUGUAAUUUACUUGAUGCCUGGAGACUAUCAUCGCAUACACUCUCCAGUUGAUUGUAGCAUCCUUGUCCGCCGGCAUUUUUCAGGUUGCCUAUUUCCUGUAAAUGAGCGUGCUACAAGAACAAUCCCAAAUCUUUAUGUUGAGAACGAAAGGGUUGUACUUGAAGGUCUAUGGAAAGAAGGGUUUAUGGCAAUUGCUGCAAUUGGUGCGACAAAUAUUGGGUCAAUUGAGCUUUUCAUUGAACCAGAACUUCGGACGAAUCGACCAAGAAAGAAUUUACUGCACUCAAAUCCUCCAGAAGAACGGAUUUAUGAACCUGAAGGUGUUGGUGUGAUGCUCAAGAAAGGGGAUGAGGUAGCUGCUUUCAACAUGGGAUCAACAGUGGUGCUUAUCUUCCAGGCCCCCAUAUCAAAAUCGGUUGAAGAAGAUGGAGAUUCCUCGUUGGAGUUCAAGUUUUGCAUCAAACGCGGAGAUAGAAUCCGAGUUGGCGAAGCACUUGGGAGGUGCCCUGAUUAGUAAGCGACAACAUUUAUGAGCCAAUGUACAAGUGAUGCUUAAUAUAUAUAUAUAUAUAUAUAUAUAUAUAUAUAUAUAUAUAUAUAGUUUUUGGCAGUGCCCAUCCCCAAUCUCUAACUAUAUAUUAAUUGACAUUGAGUUUUGUAUUAUUCUUUAAUUUUAUUAUUAUAUUUUUCAUAUUUGUGUAAUUAACUCAAUCGUCGUGGUCUCCAAGGGGUAGUUCAAUCAGCUGGAAACCACGCCAUAUGAAACAAAUGUCACUAGUUUGAAUCUCA